AUGCCAGAAUUCGUGACACCGGGUCAAAGAUUAGGAUUUACACAAAAUUUUAAAGCAGGUCCUGGUACUUAUAUUCGAGGUAGUCAUAUCUAUGCUAGCGUUGUUGGUGUAAGAAAAGAUUUUGUCAAGAAAGACGAAGAAAAGAUACCAAUAAUAACAGUUUCGAGGGAAAAAAAACAAUCGGCAGUACCAGAUGUUAAUAGUAUUAUAACAGGUAAGGUUAUACGUAUAAAUCCAAAAGAAGCUUUUGUGUCUAUAAUGGUUGUUGAUGUAAGAGCUACAGAAAAGGAUAAAGUCAAGAUUUACAAUUCAUUCAGACCUGGUGACAUAGUAAGAGCAGAAGUUAUUUCACUUGGAGAUGCAAGAUCUUAUACGUUAUCUACAGCUAAAAAUGAACUCGGUGUCAUAUAUGCACAAAGUGUUGUAAGGUGGGCAGCAUUGGUAUUUGGAAUAACUUAUGGAUUUGUGCAUCAUAGAUCAUUAGCACAUGCCGAAGCUAAGAAUAAAGCAAUAGCGAAUUAUAAACAUAAAGAAGAAUUGAUUUCUAAAGCAAAAGCUGCAUACGCUGCUAAGCUUGCAGAAAAAAGUUCAAAAGAAGUUAUAACGAAUCCAGAUGAUCCCAACUUUGAUUUAGAAAAACUUUUGGUUCAUUAUGGAAGCAAAGAAAACCAUUAA